AUGUCAGCACUUUUAUCAACGUCCGCGCUUCUCCGCGUUACACCACUGAUUUCCUCUUCGUUUUGCAUCUGGUUUGCUUGGGAUCAGUACUUUUACCUUCGUUUAUUCACCAUUCAAAAUGUGCGACUAAAAUCACCUCAGAUUCUUCCAUCAUACAUGAAGGCCUUUUACCCUAGUGCAUCGGCUCGGGUUGCCGUCACAUGGAUCACUACCAUGGCAACUUCUAUCGCGACAAUCUACUCUCAGAGCUCAGUCAUUACACCACAGCAGUCUUUGUGGUGGUACAAGGCUGGUUUAAGCAUGACAGUGGGCCAUGCUCUAUUUGCACCGAUCAUCCUACCCACAAUCGUCUCCAUUCUGAAAUACGGAGACAAGUCUGCUGGACAAGAGGAUAUCAUGACACUGCUAUCUCGAUGGUUAAAAAUUCACACUAUACGCUCUUUAACUGUGGAUUUGUUCGCAUGGGUUUGUUUCGUGAUCGCCGUUACCUACCAACUGGAUAUUUAG